UCGCCGCUUUAAACCAAGGCUGGACAGAUGUUAAGCAGCCUGGUUGAGGGGUGAAACAUUUUAAAGAGGGAGCUGAAGAGUCAACGCUGACCAUAUUAAUGUAGGGACAAAAUAAAUAAUGGGCAUCAUGUUGAGAAAAUAGUUCCAGAUAUGUCAGCAGCAGGAGCGACACGGAAAUGUCCACAACCGAGCAACAGCCAAAUCGAGUCUGUGGUAGAGGAUGACAGCAGCUGGGUCCUGUGGAGCGGUCAACGCCGUCUGCACCCAAGACUCCUCCCACUCACCUAAAACAACCUGCCCACAAACCACAUGGCCCUGCCCACUCUGCUUCCCACAGCAACAGAAGGAUGAGCUCGAAGUCAGACUCCGCCUCCGCUCCCCUCCUGGGGCGUGGCUACUAGCGGGCGUUGUCGUGGUGAUGGUGGGAAUGUUUGUGGCCGUGGCCGGGUAUGCUAGCUCCACCCCUAACCCUGUGGGUGGGCGAGGCAGCUCCCACAGCGAGCGAAUGAAACUGCUCGGCCCUGUCGUGAUGGGCAUCGGCCUGUUCAUCUUCAUCUGUGCUGGAACCUUGCUGUAUGAGAACCGGGACCGUGAGAACCGAGAGCGUGAGAACCUUGAGAACCCCGAGGAGCAGGGGAAACGCAAACACAAGAAAACAAGGGAAUGGCGCCGGGAGAACCGUGAUUAUGAGGAUGUGGAACAGGGGAACCAGAGAGAGCGCUCAGACAGACACUCCCCUCUCCCUGAGGAGUGCCCGCCCCCCCUGCCUCCCAGAGUGCCUAGACAGGAGGGGUUAGAGUUGAACGUUCUCUCUGUGGGGGCGCUGAGCUCACUGCUACCAGGGGAGGGACAGGGGCGUGAAGAGAGAGUCAGAGAGGUGGGGGGUAAAGGGGGGUCGACCCUGCUGACCAGAGUCCUGCACCACCAGGACCCCCCCUCCUCCUGUCCCUCCCCAGCUCCCUCCUCUGUGUACUCUGACUCCUGUAACUCCAGUGAGAUCAACUAUAAUGUUCAGACAGGCUCCCCUAUCCACUCUAUUCUCCAACUCUGAGAUACUACUGUACUCACAUCUGUACACGCUUUUCUAAAUAAAUGCACCACAUAUUUCUCCAUCUCUCUCUGUGGUUUCUAUAGGCUGUAGAUGCAGUGGAGUGUGUUGGGCAUCUCUCUCUACCCCUCUAGGACGGGCAGGGCCAGGGGGAGACAGGGCUAGGUGACGUCAGCUGUGUAGUAAAGUCUCUCUCAGGGGUGUUUGACUGUAUUUGGGUUUAGGGGAGGAUUCCACUGCAGACAGUGACUGUGGUGCCAUCCUGAAUGAUGCAUGUACACACACUAAAUACGGCCAGACAUUCCACUAUGGAACAGGCUGCUUUCGAGAACUUUGAUUCAUGAUGUCGUUUUAACUGUAACUCAAAGUUUUAUCUAAUAUUAGUGACUCUGUUUGUCAUGGCUGUUCUCCUAUAGGGUUUCUGUUUACACACACCCAAACUUGGCUCAAGAGAUGGACGGAAAUCAUAGCAAUGAAAACAAAGUUAAUGCCUUCUCAUAGUUGGCUGUUGGCUGUCUACAUGCUUACUCUUUACUUGAGUUAGAUGUUACUACCCACGGGCAAGUAACUGGUUGAAUCCACGUUGUUCCACUUCAUUUCAACAAAACAUUUGCAGAAAGUCAUCAACGUAAGGCAAUUGCGUCCUUUUCCCACCCAAAUUUUAACCUAAAUCCAAUGUCAUUGUGAAUUUGUUUUGUUGAAUUCACGUUAGCUGACAACUCUACCAAAUCUCAGUCUGUUUGCAGUGCAUAUAUGAAGUAUAUCUUUGCAGCGUGUAUGCAGCAAACCUUUGGUCUUUAACGUACACAAAACCAUAAGGAUGUUAGACUGGAUUUAAUUGAAUGGAGCCCACAGAUGCAGAUGCAGUAAAAGGGGGGAGGAGGAGGGAGAGAUGAAGGGGGAGAGGGAGGGGGGGAUUUUAAUUGUCCUGAGUGUUCUCCUCCAGCCUCCAAUUACACUGUGGAACCGACCAAGGGUUUUUAUUGGUAUUUCAGGACUGCAGAGUAUUUCCUCUGUUGUUCAGACACAUGCUGGGAUAAUGCCAUUGAGAUUAGUGAGGAACGCCAAGACUGCCUUGCCCUGCACGGCCAGACACAUCUACACAACACAGGCACAACAAACACACACACACAACCGCAUGCAUGCUUUCACACAUGCUAAACAUCACACACCUCGUACUGCUUUUGAACCAUUAACCCCAGUUCACCACCAGUGACACUACCAGGGAUAAGAUCAGUACUUGGUUUCUCGCUUCUGACUAUGCUAAUACUGGGAAGUGUGUGUUUUUGUGAGUUUAAUGCAGCAGCUGAAUUAUGUGGUCAGUCAGUGUUUGAUUGCCGGACUGUAAUCCUGAACAUCAGAUUAAAUUCACAUGUAAUCCCUGCCUGACCCUAACACUUACUCUCACAAUGCUCCACCUAUGGCUUCCCAUAACACACACAAGCACAAGCACACACCCUCUCUGUCCCACACGGAGAUAACCUGUGCAUUGUAUUUCUACUCUUGCUGUUGCCUCGUUUGUUUAACUGUCUCAGUCUGUCUCUGUGUUACGCAAUCCCACAAACAGGACAGUUGUUUUAGUCUCCCUCUAAUGUCAGUCAUACAUUUUAUUAGAGUUUAUGCAGGAUCAGUACUGUGGGACUGGGAGCACUGUCUCUAAGCUGCUUAACUCCUCGCUGAGUCAGACACGUGUGUUUUACCGAGGAGGGAGACCCUACUGGGGUUACAGGACCAGAGACAGAGGGCUGAAUCCUAACAUCAAUCCUAACAUGCAAAUCACAACUUUGUGCAAAUAUCCCAUUGAUCAGUAGAUAGUCAGGAUCUCAAGUUAGCGUUUCAACUUGGCACCGCAACAACACCUGGGACACCUGUGACCCACAGCAACAACACCUGGGACACCUGUGACCCACAGCAACAACACCUGGGACACCUGUGACCCACAGCAACAACACAUGGGACACCUGUGACCCACAGCAACAACACCUGGGACACCUGUGACCCACAGCAACAACACCUGGGACACCUGUGACCCACAGCAACAACACCUGGGACACCUGUGACCCACAGCAACAACACCUGGGACACCUGUGACCCACAGAAACAACACCUGGGACACCUGUGACCCACAGCAACAACACCUGGGACACCUGUGACCCACAGCAACAACACCUGGGACACCUGUGACCCACAGCAACAACACCUGGGACACCUGUGACCCACAGCAACAACACCUGGGACACCUGUGACCCACAGCAACAACACAUGGGACACCUGUGACCCACAGCAACAACACCUGGGACACCUGUGACCCACAGCAACAACACCUGGGACACCUGUGACCCACAGCAACAACACCUGGGACACCUGUGACCCACAGCAACAACACCUGGGACACCUGUGACCCACAGAAACAACACCUGGGACACCUGUGACCCACAGCAACAACACCUGGGACACCUGUGACCCACAGCAACAGCACCUGGGACAUCUGUGACCCACAGCAACAGCACCUGGGACAUCUGUGACCCACAGCAACAGCACCUGGGACAUCUGUGACCCACAGCAACAGCACCUGGGACAUCUGUGACCCACAGCAACAGCACCUGGGACAUCUGUGACCCACAGCAACAGCACCUGGGACAUCUGUGACCCACAGCAACAACACCUGGGACAUCUGUGACCCACAGCAACAACACCUGGGACAUCUGUGACCCACAGCAACAACACCUGGGACAUCUGUGACCCACAGCAACAACACCUGGGACCCACAGCAACAACACCUUCACAUAAAGUAGGAUUUCAAUAGCACCCCCCUUCAUGUGGUACAUCAUUCAGUCAAGUACAGAUGUCCAUUAGUCAUCUAACCCUCAUUGUUGAUUUAGGACAUCUCAUUAUUCCCUUUGAGGUGUUUAAACAUGUUCAUGAAAUAAUGAAGUGUAACAGGCUUUUUCCAGCGGCCCUGUGAGAUAACCUCAUCCUCUCCACCUGUUCUUUCCUUUGUAACUUUAAAUUAAUAUUUUUUUGCUUUUCGUAGUGUAUUUUUGUAAUUACACGGCUCAUCUGUAAAAUAAACCCUGGUCUCAGCAUGACUCCCUGUCAAAAUAAAGGUGAAAUCGAAUAAGUAUUUAGAUCCCACAUAAGAAGCAUUUCUAAGAAUCCAACAGCUGUUUCUCAAAAAACAUUCUCUGAUGAUGCUACGGUGUUAGUUUAUUAUGGGGGGAAGUGCAGAUAUUUUCAUGAGCUAGUGAAUAGUAACCAGUCAAAGUAGCCCGGACUAGUUACAGACAGAUCUGUGUCUGAGCUGAUUGGUUAACUAAAUGUCUUAGCUAUACAAUAACACAGUUAAGUACUUAAGUAAAAAUACUUUAAAGUACUAAUGAAGUCAUUUUGGGGGGUAUCUAUACUUUACUUUACUAUUUAGUAGUGUGACCUGACUAUUAAAAAAAACAAGAAAAUUAUGCCAUCUGGUUUGCUUAUUAUAAGGAAUAUGAAAUUAUUUAUACUUUUGAUAUUUAAGUAUAAUUGAGCAAUUACAUUUACUUUUGAGACUCAAGUAAUAUUUUACUGGGUGACUUUUACUCACGUCAUUUUGUAUUACAGUAUCUUUACUUUUACUCAAGUAUGACAAUUGGGUACUUUUUCCACUACUGCAAUAACAUGCUCCGGAUCAGAGCUACCUAUAUACUGUAUAUAUAUAUUUAGACAGCUUAUAGAGAGCCUCGGUCUUUACCUCUCUGCUCCGGAUGCCUGGCCCACUGCGCAGUGCUGCCUCUGACAACAACAGUGAUUGGUCUGUGAGAAUAGGCAGGUAUAAUGCGUCUUAAUCCAGUUCUAGCUAUAGGGGUGCCUGCUCCUACUGUCACAAUGGAGCUCAUUGACUUCCUCAGGGACACUCCUCGUUUUGUGGUCUCAACUGACCCUUCUCUGGAUAGUUUGAAGGAUUUAUUUCUGAAAUGAGGGGAUUGAUGCUCUGUGUUUUUGCCUUGGCGAUGUUAACAGCUUCUGCAGGUAAAUCGAGAUGAAUUGGUCUUUCUCUGAUCUGGGUCGUAGUAUUUAGGUAGGCUAUACUUUAGGUAUGGGAUGUGAAGAUUUUCACACAGAAUGUGGGGGGACAUAAAAUUUAAAUAUUAUAAUCAUAGAAUUAUAUUAUAUAUAUUUCCUGAUGUUGUUUUACACCAACUACAGACCAGGGUCAUUGUAAUAAGAAUUUUUUUCUUAACUGACUUGCCUUGUUAAAUACAUAAAAUAAAAAACUCCAAACUGCUACAGCACAUAAGAUAUAUAUAUAUAUAUAUAUAUUUAAAUGUGUGUUCAUAAAGCAUACAUAACGUCAAUAAGAACAUAAACAUGACAUUGUAGCUACACAGAGCCUCCAUGAACAUAUUCACUACGAAAAUAAUUAUAUUCUGUCAUACAAAUAUGUCAGUAUCAGUUUUAUACAAAUACUGGGAUUGUUCUGAUUGAAGAGGAUGGGCUUUUUAUGUCUUUAAACACCUCCACCAGUCCUGCAGUCGCUCUCCUUAAGGUAGUUGCGCUUUUUUUACUGAAAAAAGGUUGGGUUGGGUGACUCUAUGUUUGGGAUGAUUACUGGAAGAGAAGAUAAUUACUGGAAGAGAGUUAAGUUGAGGUUGAGUUGGGUGACUCUAUGUUUGGGACAGAGGAGGCUGGUGGGAUGAGCUAUAGGAGGAAUGGAAUGAAUGGAACAGAGUAAAACAUGGUUUUCAUAUGUUUGAUACCAAUCCAUUGAUUCCAUUCCAGACAUCACAAUGAGCCCGUCCUCCAAUAGCUCCUCCCACCAGCCUCCUCUGGUUUGGGAUUUACUGGAAUUAGUUUUAGGUAGCUAUUGUAAUCCAUAUAGUAAUCAUUAGGUCCAGUGUAGUCCUGGUGUGUGCAUGCAGGUCUUUGUUCCAACCCAGUGAUAUAGCAAACACUGGAUGAAAUACUUCCUAGUUCUAGUUGGUGAGUUUGUGCACACACAACCCUCUAGCCAAUUAGUGUUCACCUGAGCUGGCAGGGGCUAACGAGCUAACAGGAUGAGAGGGGCUGAUGACCAGAGAUUAGGAACAUCACUGAAACUCAGGGUUUGGAUUAGCACUAGGAGCUGCUCCCACCAGAGGUGGAUGGCCAUGCCAGGUGGUAAU